GCCACAUCAAUGCGGACAACACGUAUAUUAACUCAACAACCCAGUCGACAUAUCUCUAGGAGGGAAUUAUUCAAACACAGAACCAGAUAAAACAGAAAUGGCAAGCUCGCCACCGGCGAUAAAUAUGAGAUCGGCCGGCGGGAAUAGAGAGAAAAGUACGAAGGGGAUGAAGGGGCAAUUCAGAGUGUGUUUCUGUUUCAGGAGGAUGUUCAGGGUGAAGGUGGGAGAGCCGCCGGAAGAAGUGAAAGAAGUGUUCAACAAGUACUCAACCAACGGCUCAAUGAGCGCGGACGAGCUUCUCAAGUUCUUGGUAUUGUUUCAAGGAGAGAGAGAGGCCACCAAGGAAGACGCGCAGUCUAUAUUUGACAGUGUCAAGCAUCUGAGCUUUUUUCACAGACGAGGCCUUCAUCUUCAUGCCUUCUUCCGUUACCUCCUGGGCGAAGGCAACCAUAACGGCCCCUUACGUCAGGUAAAGCAAGACAUGGAUGCUCCAUUGGCUCAUUAUUUCAUGUACACAGGACAUAACUCCUACUUAACUGGCAAUCAAAUUAGCAGUGAUAGCAGCACCGAACCCAUCAUAUCUGCUUUAAAGAAAGGUGUUCGAGUGAUUGAGCUCGAUCUGUGGCCUGAUGGUCGAGGCGAGGAUGCUGAAGUUCGUCACGGAGGGACUUUGACAGCUCCAGUGGAGCUGAGAGAUUGCUUGGAAGCUAUCAAAGAACAUGCCUUUGAAGUUUCUGAAUAUCCUGUGGUCAUCACUUUUGAGGACCAUUUGAGUUCUCUUCUUCGAACCAAAGUCGCUAGGAUGGUGAAAGAAAUUUUUGGACAGAUGUUGUAUUAUCCGGACUUAAGUUAUGCGGAACAAACAGAGUUUCCAUCUCCGGAGUCUCUCAAGGGAAAAAUCAUGAUUUCGACGAAACCACCAGAAUAUCAUGACCAUACGGGAGAUAUAUCAGACGAGGAUAUUGAGGAGGAUCUUACAGAAUAUAGGAAUCUGAUAGCCAUUCAUGCUGGGAAGCCCAAGGGCGGUGUGGAACAUUGGUUUGCCCCUCAAAGUCAAGUGAAACGUGUUAGCUUGAGUGAGCAAGAACUUGAAAACGUUGCUGUUACUUAUUCGACUGAUAUUGUCAGAUUUACCCAAGACAAUUUGCUGAGGAUAUACCCAAAAGGUACGCGUCUAGACUCAUCUAACUAUAACCCCAUGAUUGGAUGGACCCACGGAGCUCAAAUGGUGGCAUUUAACAUGCAGGGACAUGGGAAGUAUCUAUGGAUUAUGGAAGGCAUGUUCAGAGCCUAUGGCGGGUGUGGCUAUGUUAAGAAACCAGACAUCCUCUUGGACGAAUAUGACAUUUUUGAUCCUUCCGCCACCGAUGAUCUCCCUGUCAAAGAAACUCUGAAUGUAAUGGUGUACAUGGGGGAAGGGUGGCAUUCAGAUUUUAGAGGAACGCACUUCGAUUUCUAUUCACCUCCAGAUUUCUUUGUCAAGGUGGGCAUAAGUGGAGUUGCAGCAGAUUCGACCCAUAUGAAGAGGACGAAGGCCAUAGAGGACCAGUGGGUGCCUGUUUGGAACGAGGAAUUUAGGUUUGAUUUGAGAGUUCCGGAACUGGCAAUUCUUCGAAUUGAGGUGAUGGAGUAUGACACUUCAGGCAAGCACGACUUUGGGGGCCAAACAUGUCUUCCAGUGUCUCUCAUCAAGUCCGGCAUUCGAGCCGUUCCCUUGUACGAUCGCAAAGGUCGAAUUUACCCCGCCGUCAGGCUUCUCAUGGGCUUUCACUUUGCUCAUCAUGACUCUAUUUUGUACUAGUUCGGUCAUUCUCAUCUUAAUUCAUUUCAACUUCAAGAUUUCUUCUGCAUUAAUUCAUUAUGCAUUGUGUUGUUUGAUUUGAUUGAUCAUGCUUUCCUCCCUAAUCACCUUUUCUGAUUCGUUACAUGUAUAAAUAUUGAAUUUCGCUUUUCUUA